AUGAAACAAAAUAAAUUGCAUGAACCACGAAAAAAACUAAUUUUUCCUAUUGAAUUUCCUACACUCGUUGAAGAAGAAACCACAUCACAAGCAGCCUCUUCAUCUUAUACAUUAUUAGAUUUAGGUGAAGAAGCAAUAUUUGAUUAUCAAGGAGUAACAAUAAAUCUUGCACUUCAAGCAUUAAUAGAAAUUAAAAUACUUGGAAGUGGAAAUUUUGGAGAUGUUAUGUUAACUGAAAUUCGAGGACAUCCAGAAAUUAAAAUGGCUGUGAAACGGUUAACUCUAGUGUCAAGUCGACAUAAUCCAAGUGAUUUUACAGCCAAUACUGAUCUUCGAACGAUUCGUACAGUUGGCUCAGGUGUAAACCCACAUGUGACUAAAUAUUAUGCUGCACUGCUUGAUCGUAGCAAUGCACAACUACUUAUUUGUAUGGAAGCAUGUGAAACAUCAAUAGAUAAAUUUUAUUUCACAAUGCAUACAAUAGAAAAAACUCAACAUAUUGAUUUGUUGCUCAAGCGAAUAAUUCAUCAUAUUGCAGAUGCUCUUCUUUUUCUUAAAACACAACGGAUUCUGCAUCGUGAUGUUAAACCAUCUAAUAUCUUAAUCAUUCAAAAUCCUAUUACAUUUAAACUAUGUGAUUUUGGUAUUUGUGGUGAAUUGAUUGACUCAGCUACACGUACCAUGACAAAAGGAACACGAAUUUAUUUAGCACCUGAACGAAUCGAUGCAAAAUUAUCUCCUCAUGGAUAUGGUAUACGAUCGGAUAUGUGGGCGUUGGGUCUUUCGAUAAUCGAAAUAGCUUUAAAUCAACAUCCAUUUAAUUCAAUGAACGAGACCGCUAUUCUAAAUAAAGUAGAAACGUGGACACCAGAACUACCUUCAACUUUAUCAGCAGAAUUACAACAACUAAUUAUUUGGCUACUAAAAAUACAACAAGCAGACCGACCAGAAAACUAUGAAGUUAUUUUAACAUCUUCUGCCUUACAAUCAUUACCUGCAGAAAUAACUAAUGAAGAAAGGGAUAUGGUGAAAACUAUUAUCGAACAUAUACCUCUAGUAUAUAGUUGCUAA